AGUAGUGCACGUCCGCGAUGUGGUUAUGUAUCUCGGAGGUGGUAGAAAUCCAGGGGGGGGCAUAGUACAGGACAGUAUUCUCAGUGACCUGGUCGUUAGGCGAGCCUUAGGUAGUCCCCCUCUAUCUUGCUAUUCUCUCGCUUUCUUCCGACAAGGCGUGGUGCUUUUCUUUCCGAACUUCAUUCUCGUAUAUCACUAUUACGUAGAGCGUUUAAUCCAAAUUCACUCUGUUUUCCCUAGGGGAAGAGACGGAACUUUUCUCUUCUUUACAACCCGUCGUUGAUGAUCUGAUCAUCGUAGCCCGGCCGCUACGGCCGUCUCCUUUUUCUCUUUCCCUUUCUCACAGCCUCAUUUUAUCUAUACUUCAUUUGCCCAAAGCGGCGUUAAUUAUUUCGUGUUCGGUUUGCGACUGGUAUCGCCUUUUCAUAGUUCACGAUCAUGGCGUCUAUUACGACUCGCAAUGGCAGAAGGUGUACGGCAGUGCCGAAAUUAGUACAAGGUAUCGAAGCAGUACGUAGUUCGACGUCGACGUCGACAUCGAUAUCGACAUCAACAUCGGAAACAUCUUCAUUGAGUUCAACAUCAACAUCAAUAUCAACUUCAACUUCAUCUUCGUCAUCAUCUUCUUCCAUAUCUAGUUCAACCGCGGUCAAUACUCCACCCGCAAUUGAGAACCCAGCCCAACAGGAAACUCCGCUCCCUUCGGAAAUAUUCCCAAGCCUGAUAAGCACUAUAGCAGCGCAGCCAUCAACAGACCCGACCAUCCCAGCAACACCUCCAGCGCCAACCAUAACUGGCACCGAUGGAACUUCUUCUUCAACUGCUCUCCUCCUCGACACGGCUUCUACUCCAUCCCCUACUCAAUCAGAUGCGCAAGUGUCGAGUUCAGCAGGACCGGAUGACAAUCCUGUACAAUCGGCAUCCUCAUUAAUUGAACAGCCGGUAGAUUCUUCUUCAUUAACUAGUUUUGUUGAAAAUACCUCAUUGCCGACGAUAGGGGUAACACAAGCUUCUAGUUCCUCGGCAGAGACGGGGUUGCCAGCUACCCAAAAGGCAGCAACUGGCAAUGCUAUCACUACGGCACAGACGAUAGCCAUAGCGGCUGGAGUAGUUGGUGGGGUCAUAGUAGUUUCGCUCAUAGUAUUUAUCAUCUGGUUCUGGCGGAAGAGGAGGCAAGAACGGAGGAGUAGUAUGUUGUCGCCUAUGUCACCGAGGGCAACAUUCCGCGGUAAUGAGAAGGGACCUUAUCUCAUAAGCCGGACGUCCUUGGGUCCAACGCCGCUCCCACAGAAGCUCUGGGCGACCAUCGAGGCUAGGUAUAGAAGACUGCGUGGCCGGUUUGGCGACAUGGUGACGCGUAGCAGUAGUCCGAGCCCAAGCGUCAACCUUGACCGCGGCAACUCCCAAUUUGGUAUGCCCGAGCCAGCCCAUAGUCGAAACAAUUCGAAUACAGGACCAUCAACCGACAAGGGCCGUCCUGUGGAUUGGUGGAGUCGGUUAGCGGAGGAUGAGAAUUCUAACUGGCAACUACGUCGUGAGUCGGACAACAAUGGGCCUGCAUUUGGCUCACAGCCCGGCCGAGGAUUAGAAAAGGCGCAAGGAAGUGUAGACGGCAAUCGGCGCCGCUCAAUAUCUGUGGGCAACGAACAACAUUUCCUCGGCGGCAUAGGACUAGAUUUCGAUUCAGCUGACCCCUUUUCGGAUGUAAACGCCAUAGGCAACAAUACGGCCAAGGCUACGCCUCUGGUAGUUUCUGCGGCCAAUAAUCCAUUUUCGGAUUCUCAUGCUAUCGGGGCUCCGUCGGGUGCCGUCAGCGGGGGGAUCGCAACCUACGUGCAACAUUCUCGACACUCCCACAGUCACAGCAUAAAUGGUAGUAUCAGCCGCCAGACGAGCAACGCUAGCUACCGCACGAGCGUGGGCACCGUCGGUACUCGACGCAACAGGUUCCGCUCCGACCCGUUUGAUUUAGAUCGCCCGGAUUUCCUACGGAGCGCCAACUCUAGUAUGGACGCUACCGCGGGAUGGGCCAGCACAGCCAGCCGCAGCAGCACUGAUGUCGGGAGUGUACCCAAUGCUCCGCAGCAAGCCCAUGUGAGGAACGCAAGCUUCACGUCGAAAUACUCGAGCGGCGUAAGCACCGUGGGCUGGAGCGAUCCGGGGCCAGAUGUCGGUCCGGUAGUUGGGCGGUACACACUAAGUCCAGAUAGCCGACCAGAGCGACGGGAUUCACGGGAUUCUGACGCGAAAAGCGGCAAGAGCCAAGGUAGCGUGGGCAAGGCCCUAUAGCAUACCUAUGCUUAUAACAUAAAGACGCAGUAAACGUAGGUAGCGUAUAGCAUAGAGCGGGGAGAGCGUUAGAUGACGAGGCACGAAGCA